AUGCGUAUGCUUGCCGAAGUACAUGUACCCAUACCGACCAAAGACUUGAGGGGAUGGCGUCUGCGGCUUGAUUAUCUCAUCGAACAUGUCUCGGCUACGCUUCUUUUUAAAAGCACAUGGGAAACAAAAGUGCUCGAUUGA